GGGUUAUAAAACGAGAGGUUGGCCAUUUUUUCGUACUGUCGAAGUGGAAAGCUGCGGAGCCGGGAGCCUGGUCCACAGUCCGAGCGGAACGCGCUUUUGGGAACAAAGAAUGAACUUGGCAAAGAUGUACAUCCCCUUGAAAAGAUUUCAAGCGUUACUGGUUCGCAUUUACUGGGUGAAACCAUGGAGAUGAAAUUCAUAAUCCUAACCCUGCUGCUUGCCAUGGUAACAGCAGACCCCAUGAAGCUGAAAGAGCACACUUCCAUCCUGGCAGAUGGUACAAUGAACCUAGCACUCAACCUCUACAAGACAAUGGUCAAGGACAAGAAAUUCUCAUCUGAUAACCUCCUAUUCUCUCCGGUGGUGGUAGCUUCCUCCUUGGGAGUGAUGUCUCUGGGUGCCAGAGACAAUACGGCCAAACAGGUGAAGUCCCUCCUCAAUGUCAACCUGCGCGAUGAUGCUUUCCAUCCUACUUUCUCAGAGCUGUUCAAUGAAGUCAGCAAUGAAUCUGCCCGCAACAGCACUUGGAAGAUUGGUAGCCGCCUUUAUGGGCCCAGUUCAAUCAAGUUCAAUGAUGACUUUGUUCAGAAGAGCAAGGCACACUACAAGCAUGAUCAUUCCAAGGUUAACUUCAGAGAUAAGAGAAGCUUGGUUCAAUCCAUAAAUGAAUGGGCAUCUAAAACCACAGAGGGAAAACUCAAAGAAAUCACCAAGGAUGUACCCAAUGUUGAUGGUGCUUUAUUUGUCAAUGCCAUGUAUUUUAAGCCUCAUUGGGAUGAAAAUUUCCAACCGAGCAUGAUUGAUACAAGAGGUUUCUUGGUAUCCAGAGGUCAUACUGUUUCUGUUCCCAUGAUGCAUCGUACAGGAUUAUAUAGCUACUAUGAUGAUGCAGAUAAUAAAGUUCAGCUUGUGGCGAUGCCUCUUGCACACAAACACUCCAGCAUGAUAUUCAUAUUGCCACAUCACGUGGAGCCACUGGACAGAGCAGAGAAAUUGUUGACCAAGGAACAACUCAACACCUGGUUUCGCAAAAUGCAAACAAAGGCUGUUAGCAUCUCUCUACCCAAAGCCAUUGUUGAAGUCAGUCAUGAACUACAGAAACAUUUGCAAGAGUUGGGCCUGACUGAAGCUAUAGAUAAGAACAAAGCUGAUUUCUCCGGUAUCACAGGCAAGAAAGACCUCCAUUUAUCCAGCAUGUUUCAUGCUGCUGCUAUAGAAUGGAGCAUUGAAGGAAAUGAUAUUGAUGAAGAUGUACAUUCUCAUGAAGAGAUGAAGACACCCCAGCUCUUCUAUGCAGAUCAUCCAUACAUCUUCCUGGUCCGUGAUAACAAAACUAACUCUAUACUCCUCAUAGGAAAGUUGGUCAAACCAAGAGGCAGCAGUCAUGAUGAAUUAUAAACUUGAAUUUUUUUAAAGUGCAGUGAUAUUUUGUACAAAUAUUAAUGACCUCACAUUCAGAUUAUCUGUGUACUUGAGGUAGAGUAUUAAUAAGUAUUAUUAUGGUUGCAUGAUGCUAAACUGCAGUGGGGUGGGGUAGGCCGGGCAAUAAACGAUAUUACUUGUAUUUGAAUCACCAAGGUUAAGCUCAUAAAAUGCCUAAAACGUGCAGUUUGGUUCACAAAAUUAGAAGGCCAUUAAAGUCCUCCAUUUUUGACUGACUUACUGCCUGUAAUGGCGUUUUGGGCAGCAAUGAAGGUUCUCCAUCUCUGUCCUUGACCAUCCAAAUGUAGGAUUCUUCAUUGCUAUUUCCUUAACAGUUUUGAUUGACCAGUCAUGGUUGUUAGCCCCAAGCUGAAUCCCUGAAAAUGAAGGACUGGUGAAUCACUUUUACUCUGGCCUCUAACCUUUUUUUCAUGGGUGACCAUACCAAGAGCCAAAGCAUAAUUUAAUUUUAGAGACUUGCAAUUAAAUACCCUAACUCCCUAUCACCAGUUAAAUAAAUGCACUUUUCAAUUACUGAAUUUUUGUUGAGUUUUAUCUCCCUUGCAAAUUCCUAUUUACAUUUAAGAAACGAAACUUAAUAAUCUGAAUGAAUUCUCAAAAUGUAAUUGUCUCAUUAUUUCUUAAUCAUAGUGACCUACAACAACACAAGCUACCUAUUUGUGCAUGAAUGUGCUUAGAAAGUGAGGUUGUUAUUGUCACCACAGGGAUCAAUUAUCCUUCUAUACAACUAAAAUAAUGAUUUUAAUGAGAACAAAAUUUGCUGCAGUGUUAGGUCUAUUUUUGUAUCUUUUUGCAAGCUGGAUCAACUGAAUAACUUUUUCUUCGUUCCAGUAUUCGUAAUAAAAUGAACAAAAGUACUACUGCUAUCUGGUUUCUUUUCAAUUAAUAGAAACAAAGUGAAUACUUCAAAUAUUUAAGUGUAAGGUAAUUUAAUU